GCACUAAAAAAAUCUAAUCUCUUCUUCCAAAAUCGUAAACCUUAGUGUUCUCCGAGAAAAGCAACAAUCAUAAGAUCAUGUCUUUGUCUUCGAGAGUCACGUUAGUCGUUUUGUGUUGUCUGUUCGUGUUGAUUCCAUCUUUUACGAUAGCAACAACAGAACAAGGACUUCAUGCUAGAUGUAAAUCUUACAGCUUCAACAACGGAAAAAGCUUUCGCUCUUGCACGGAUCUUUCGGUGCUAAACUCUUAUCUACACUUUAAUUAUACUCAAGAAACCGGAGUUCUUGAAAUUGCCUACCGUCACUCCAAUCUUGAGUCUUCUAGUUGGAUCGCGUGGGCUAUAAACCCGACGACUACUCUCCUAUGCUUCAAAGAAUCUCCUCUUAGCUUUCUUGUAAUGCAAGUAUCCGCCGAGUAUUUUAAUGGAGAGAUGAUGAUAUUUGCAACUUUAGUCUUGCCUCCUAACACAACCGUCGUUAAUAACUUAUGGCAAGACGGUCCGUCGAAGGAAGGAGAUAGACUUGGAAUGCACGCAAUGAGUGGAGAUCAUCUCAAAUCCAUGGCUUCUUUGGAUUUGCUUUCCGGACAAGUCACAACCACAAAAUCAGUUAACGGAAACAUGUUGUUGGUAAAGCGAAUCCAUGGAAUAGUGAAUGCAAUAAGUUGGGGAAUUCUCAUGCCUAUUGGAGUUAUGGCUGCAAGAUAUAUGAAAAACUACGAGAUACUUGCGCUCAAAGCAAGACUGGACAAGAAUCAUAAAUACAGAAAAUAUUGGAAUUGGUAUCAUCACACGGUAGGAUACAUAGUGAUUGUACUAAGCAUCUACAAUAUCUACAAAGGUUUGUCUAUUUUACAACCCGGAAGUGGCUGGAAGAUUGCCUACACUACCAUAAUCUGUUGCAUUGCAGCGUUUGCCAUUGUGAUGGAAAUUUUACAGUUUAAGAAGAGAUGUGCUGGAUUGUUUUGCAAGAAAACCAAAGCUCUAGAAGCUGAUCAUCACACUACCUCCGUUGAUGUGAUCUGUAAUCAUCACAAGGUCGGCGGCGGAGUAGACCGGAGAGACGGAAAAGGCGGUAGGGAAAAAGCGAGCAGCGGAUUUGAAAUUCAGAUUGAAAACUAUAAUUUAACGAAGAACUUCAUGAUCCCCUCAGUUUUUGUUGUUUCUUAUCCACAUACUUUCUCCGCCGCUUCUAGCCUUUCAUCCCUACCACCCUCCGCCGCCAAUCCGUCUUCUUGCAUCGCCGCCACCGCCGCCUGAUUGUUUCAGAACGGUCUCUUAUAGACUUAGGGUUUUGUUAGGACUAAAAUGGGCCGAACGAAUAGGCCCAAUAACGCAUCUCUAUAGACCACAUGAAUUAAAAAUAUUUUGGGGCUUUUUCUGAUAAAUUCAAUUUACUAAU